AUGCCGGUAGCCAUCAUAACUGGAGCAAGCUCAGGAAUCGGUCGUGCGGCUGCAGUUUUGUUUGCCAGGAAUAGAUAUCAGCUGUCGUUGAACGGUAGAAACGAGAGUGCACUUAAGGAAGUGGUCAAAGAAUGCAUUCAACAAGGAAUUACCGAAGAUGAUGUUGUGAUCAGUUUUGCUGAUCUCGCGGUUGAUAAUGCUCCUAAGUCUAUAGUCGAUAACACACUGAAUAAAUUUAAUAGAAUAGAUUCAUUGGUGAAUUCUGCAGGCAUACUAAGAUCUGGCCAGGUGCUCGACUCAGAUAUAUCCGUAUACGAUGAAUUGUUCAAUGUCAAUGUGUUCAGUCUUGUCCGUCUCACACGUGAAGCACUUCCUCACAUUAUCCAAUCGAAAGGUACAGUUGUCAAUGUGAGCAGUAUAAAUGGUCCUUGUCCCUUUGCUGGUGUCGCUUAUUAUUGUAUGUCCAAGUCAGCAGUGGAUCAAUUCACCAAAUGUCUUGCUCUUGAGAUGGCUCCUUAUGGUGUGCGGGUGAACGCCGUUAAUCCGGGAGUCACCAUUACGAAUCUACACAAACGAGCUGGUCAAGACGAAAAGACGUAUGCAGCCUUCUUGGAGAAGAGCAAGACCACUCAUGCACUUGGCAGACCAUGUGAAGCGAAGGAAGUUGCAGAAGCAAUACUUUUCUUGGCUUCUGAAAGAAGUUCAUUUACAACUGGACAACUGCUUAGAGUUGAUGGAGCUUCGUCGGGAAUAGGAAAGGGUACUGCUGUACGUUUCGCUCGUGAAGGAUAUGCGUUAUCGCUGAGCGGUCGAGACGAAGAAGCGCUGUCCGAAACAGCCAAAUUGUGUAAGGAAGCUGGAGCUGCUGAUGUGAUUGUCACUGCUGGUGAUCUUUGCAUUCAAUCGAAUGCCCAGAAGCUUCUUGAUAACACCAUAAAGCAGUAUCAGCAUGUUCAUACUCUGGUAAGGCACUUUGUUAACCGGACGACUUUAACCUUACUAUAUGGAACAGUGUACUCGUUCGCGUUCGAAAUAAUAACUGCUGUUCAAAUAGAAAUUCAUAAUCAGGUGAACGCUGCAGGAAUAUUGGUCAGUGGGAAUGUCAUUGAUGCUGAUUUAGACUUAUUCGAUCGCCAAAUGGACGUUAAUGUAAGAAGUGUUGUCCAACUGACAAGGCUAGUUCUUCCCUACAUAAUAAAGUCUAGAGGAACGGUGGUGAACGUGUCAAGCAUUACAGGACCGUGUGCUUUUGGUGGAGUGACCUACUACUGUAUGUCGAAAUCAGCCCUAGAUCAGUUCACGAAAUGCCUAGCUCUUGAGAUGGCACCCCAUGGAGUGCGCGUUAAUUCUGUGAACCCAGGCGUUAUAGUUACCAAUGUGCACAGGAGAUCAGGCAUGAAUGAAGACAGUUAUCGAGAGUUUUUGGAAAAAGGAAAAACUACACAUGCACUUGGACGUGUAGGUGAAGUAUCUGAAGUGGCUGAGGCUAUUCUGUUUCUCGCUUCUGACAAGAGUUCAUUCACUACGGGCGAACUACUGAGAGUUGAUGGUGGAAGAGGAAUUAUGCAUCCACGCUAA